AUGGCGCCCAUGUACGCCAACGCCUAUAUGUUCCAAUAUGAACAACACAAUAUUUUGUCACAAUAUGGACACCUAAUAAAGGGAUACUAUCGCUAUAUUGACGACAUAUUAAUUCUAUGGCAAGGAACGGAACAAGAAGCCUUGGAUAUGAUCAGUACCAUUAACUACCUCCCCACACCCGUCCGCAUGACUUCAACUAUAAGCAAGGACAAG